AACCAAACAGCGCCACAUUUGAUAGUGAAUGGAGAAUCGUUAAAUGGUAUGUUUUUGGAAUUUGAGGUUAAAGUAAAUCUUUGGUUACCUUCAUCUUGGGAUAAGGUAGCAAUCGAUAAACAGGUAAAACGUGUAGUUGCCUUUCACUGUUUUACUAUAAAGUGCCGGUUAUAACUGUUAGCUAGUUACCCGCCUGUCGAUUACAUGGUGUUAACUUGUAUUAUUUCAAGUACCCAUGUCGGUUAGCAAUAAAACAGAGAGCAUAGUAGAAUGAGUAGUGGAAAUCAGAGAACUUUGUUCCAAACAUGGGGGACUUCACUUUCAAAAAAGACUUUAAAAAGCGAUGGCGGGAACCAAGCGCCAGGGCGAAGGAAAGCAAGCGCGAGCACUGGCUCGGGGAAACAGCACAGGACGGCAAAUCCCGCAUCUGUCACUCCCCGCAGUUCACUUUGGGGCGAGAUUGGGCGCGACGUGAGAAGUGCAGAGGUGGUAGGACAGCAACAACAAGAAGAAGAGGACGACGAACUGAUGUUGAUAGCGGUUUACGAAGCGGAGAAGGCAUUGCAGGCUGCUGACUACAGUAUAGAGGAUGGCAGUGUAAAAGUGGCUUUGCCAAAUGGCACGUCCUUGGACGAUCUCCCAGGCUUCGACAGCUCGUCAGCCGAAGUGUGGGUAUAUCCCACCAACUACCCCAUCAGGGAAUACCAGCUGAAGAUAUCGGAGGCAGCCUUGUUCCAGAACACCAUGGUCUGUUUGCCCACCGGCUUAGGAAAGACCUUCAUUGCCGCUGUGGUAAUGUACAACUUCUAUCGGUGGUAUCCGUCAGGGAAAAUCGUCUUCAUGGCUCCCACGAAACCCCUGGUUGCGCAGCAGAUCGAGGCAUGCUAUAAGGUGAUGGGGAUUCCACAGGGACACAUGGCGGAGUUAACAGGCAGCACGCAAGCUAGCAGCAGGAGGGAGCUGUGGAGGGCACGCCGGGUGUUCUUCCUGACCCCCCAGGUGAUGGUGAAUGACCUGUCGCGAGAAGCCUGUCCUGCCACUCAGGUCAAGUGUUUGGUCAUCGAUGAGGCCCACAAGGCUCUGGGGAACCACGCCUACUGUCAGGUGGUCAGAGAGCUGAUAAACCAGACUCAGCAGUUUCGUAUCCUGGCCCUAAGUGCCACUCCAGGGGGAGACAUCAAGGCGGUGCAGCAGGUCAUCUCCAACCUCUUGAUCUCUCACAUCGAGCUGCGUUCUGAGGAGAGCCCUGAUAUCCAGGCCCACUCACACCAGCGCAGUGUGCAGAAGAUCGUCGUUCCCCUCGGAGACUUGCUCUCAGGCUACCAGGCCCGUUAUCUGCAGGUCUUGGAGAAGUUCACCAGCCGCCUGACCCAGACGGGGGUCCUGUCUGCCCGCGACCUGCGCUCUCUCACAAAGUACCAAGUCAUCUUGGCCCGGGAUCAGUUCCGGAACAACCCGCACCCCCGCAUCGUGGGGGCGCAGCAUGGCGUGCUGGAGGGGGACUUCGCCCUGUGCAUCACGCUGUACCACGGCUAUGAGCUCCUGCUGCAGAUGGGCGUCCGCUCCCUCUUCCUGUUCAUCCAGGGCAUAAUGGACGGCACCAAGGAAAUGUCCCGAGCCAGGAAUGAGCUUCAGCGUACCAAGGUCUUCGUGGAUCUCUACAGGGAGAUGGAGGCCAUGUUCGGGAAGCCCAGUGCAGGAUCUGAGGCCCCCUUCAUCUACAGCCACCCCAAGCUCCAGAAGCUGGAAGAGGUGGUGCUGCAGCACUUCAGGACCUCACCAGAGAGCUCCGGAGCUGGUCCCAGUUCGGAGGCAGUGAGCACGCGCGUGAUGAUCUUCUCGUCGUUUCGCGAGAGCGUGCAGGAGAUUGCCAUCAUGCUGAACCGGCACCAGCCGCUCAUACGGGUCAUGACCUUCAUGGGUCAGGCCACGGCUGGCAAGGCAGUGCGGGGCUUCACCCAGAAGGAGCAGCUGGAGGUGGUGAGGAAGUUCCGUGAGGGCGGAUUCAACACGUUGGUGUCCACCUGCGUGGGUGAGGAGGGCCUGGACAUCGGGGAGGUGGAUCUCAUCGUGUGCUUCGACGCGCAGAAGAGCCCCAUCCGGCUGGUGCAGCGAAUGGGCCGCACGGGCCGCCGGCGGCAGGGCCGCAUCGUGGUCGUCCUGGCCGAGGGCCGCGAGGAGAGGACCUACAACCAGAGUCAGUGCAACAAGCGCAGCGUCUACAAGUCCAUCACGGGGAAGCAGCAUAGCCUGCAUAUGUACCCCCACAGCCCCCGAAUGCUGCCUGCAGGGGUGCGGCCCACUCUGCACAAGAUGUUCAUCACCUGCGGCCAAUUCGAGCCGCAGGAGGCGGGCCGGCGCUCCUCGCGGGGGCGGAGGUCGGGCGCUGAGGUGGGGGAGUCCCUGCUGCACCCCCGUGUCCAAGGCGGACGGCGGCACGCCACCAAGGAGGACGGCUUUCUGAGCCCGGCAGAGCUCUCCCUCUGGGCCACCACCAUGCGCCUGGGGGAGGCGGAGCCACAGCCUGCGCUGAGCCACUCCCACUUCCUGUUUACCAAAAGCGAUGCCCCUGCCCAGGAGGACGUGAGUGCGGGCCCUGUGCGGGAGCUCUCCCUGGGCGAGUGGGCAUGCUGGCAGAACCGGCCCUUGCCCACCCACCGGGUCAGCCACUCGGGCCGCUGUCUGCACUUCACAGAGAUCAUGGGGUUCCUGGACAGCAUGCGGCUGGAGGAGCAGGGAAGCUCUAGCUAUGAGCUAACAAUGAGGUCCUACCUUCGCAAAGAAGAUGUUGUUGGUUAUAUUGAAGAUGGACAGCCAGAGAAGGCUCCUAAAACCACUACAGCCCCCAAAACAGUUGGCCGCAGGGACAAUAGGGAUUGUUUGGUGCCCAAUAACACCGAGAGGAAGUUGUCCUCUCACUCUUGGCUGAACAAUGAAGAGGAUCAUGUUGAUUUUGUCCUUCAGGAUAGAGUGACUACUGAGGGACAGAAAUUGGCUGGGUCUUCAGGUUCACCCUGGAAAUUGUCUUCAGAGAAUAAACAAAGAGCCAGAUGUGAAACCACCAGUAAUGCUCCCCUUCAUAGUUUGGAGGAGAUCCCAGUCCUGAACACAGAGGUUGAAUCGCAUUCUGACAGCAUUGUGAUCUGUGACGAUGAGGAAGUGAGUUUAGCUGAUGGGCCCAGUGUUUUUCACCAGUUACCCAAAGUAAACUCUGAUGCCGGGUAUAGUAGCUUGCCAGAGGAUCCUUCCUCAGAAAUUGAAAAUAUGUUUUAUUUGCCAAAUUGGGGUACUGCCCAAAAGCUACACUCCUCCAAUGAACCGCCAGAGGCAGUAAGAACUAUUCUCACCAACGUUCUAGAGCUCCUGUCUAGGUCACCACCUCAAGUCAUUGAGUUUACCUGCUCUAAAAAUGAUUCCAAAGCUAACCCCAUGGACAAACCACUAGCAGCUGGACAUAAGUCACAACAGAAUGGAAACCCAUUCCAAGUGAGUUUCCUCCUUGGAGAUGACCUUGGAGAUGAUGAAUCAAGUGAUUCGGCUUUCUCUGAUAAGCAUUUGGAUGCCGUUCCUUUGGAAACUGAGAAAGGUGAACUUAACCACCUGGAUCCUGCAGAAGGAACUUGCAGUGCAGCCUGCAGCCCCACCUGGGAUGAGGUUUUUGAUAAUGAUGUUGAUACACCUGGUCCUGCAGAUGAGGUUAAUAAUUGUGAAGCUCCUUCAGCUCUGCCAGGCGCUGUAGGUGCCAGGGAAUACAUAGCCCCACCUAAGCCGGAUGAGAGUAUGGUUUUGUUUGGGGAUGAUGACGACGACGAUGAUGUCUUUUUUCAGAUCAAAACGCUUAGCUCUCCUCUUGUUAGCAGGAAAAUUCAAGAGGAGCCCUCUCCGGGUUGUGUGAAUCAGGCCACCACAUUACAUAAUAGUGCCAGGAGAGCUGUAGAGGGUGAUGCAACCAAAGGCUCAAAGGACAUGUGCUGUACUUCACCAGAAGUUCACCAGGAACCUUCUUCAAACUGUGGAAAUUUUGACUGUUCCCAGGAGCUCUUCUCUGUCAAUUUUGACCUGGGGUUUUCCAUUGAGGAGUCUGAUGAGGAGAACUCAGUGCAGGGAGAUGUGACAAGUCCCACGGCUCCUGAUUGUGCUGCCCCAGAAGAAUCCAGGCUGCCCACUCUGCAGGAGAGCUUGGGGAAAGCCACAACUUCCGUGGAUCUUCAUGAGAGAAACUUGAGCCUGGUAGCUCCUCAGCAGGAAAGGGGACAGUCUCUGGUCUCUUUGUUGGGUGUUCCACUCUCUCCAUUCAAUACAGGGGGUCCAGGUCCGUCUACUGCACGUGCAAUCGCCACCUCAUCCCCCUUAUUGGCAACUCCCAGAAAGGCCAAAGACAAGGUACCAACAGCUGAUGGCUGGGGUCCCUGUAAGCCUGCUGGUAGAAAUGGCCAGGAUUCCAUCAGAAGGUCUCUGCUGCAGUCAGGAGGGCCUGUCACUGGGGAACUAUUGGCUACACCUCCUGCAGGACCCUGUGGUAAAGACAGCGACGAUGAGGUGGUGGCCCCCAGGAGACGGGGGAAGGUGGACCCCCUUGCGACCCCGGAGGCUAAGAGCUGCAGUGAUAUGGAUACGCCCGUGAGAGUAACUCGGAGGCGCGUGGCAGUCCUGAACACAUCGGGGGAGAGUGAAGGAGAGCGGCUGUCGGAUGAGGACUUCCAGGACGUCUCCGUAAGGAACCUCCGGGCUCCGCACUGCCGGGAACGCUCACCAAGUCAGAAGAAGAAGGUGAAGGCCAUCAGGGCACGUGAGUACUUGGACCAGGAAGCAGAGCUGUCUGAGGACGGUGGGGAUGUCUCCUCAGACGAGGUGGAGGAUGACCUGGAUGGAUCACUGGAGGGCUUCGUGGUGAACAGCAGUCACUUCUCUCAAGGCCUCAAUGAUUCAGAGAUGCGGGGAGUUUACCUGAAGUCGAUUAAAAGUCCCGCUGUGCUGAAUAAGUUCAAGAUGGCGUACAAGGCUGAACACAACAUGGACGUCUUUUCUCAGGUGCCAGAACAGGACGAGACUUACGGGGAGGACAGCUUUGUGGUGCAGGGUAGUGAGGAGGAAGAGUUGCGGAGCAGUGAGGAGGAGGAGGAGGUGAGCAUGGUGGAUCUGCUCCCAGAGGAGUCCUUCAUCGGGGACAGGAGAGUGUACACCACCCGAAGGCGGGUUCGGCUCCAGAAGGCACGGGAGGAGACCCGGGAGGAGGCAGGCUCCAAGGCCUCCAGGAAACCCAAGCGCUCCCGCAUCAUGCACAUGGAAGACUCCAGCGAUGAAGAAGUCCCCGGAAAACGGAAAAAGGUGACUGACAACGAUGCUGCUCCCCCCUGUGGGCCGCGAGAUAUGACAAAGGAGUCUGUGUUCAAGGCGCCUCUUGGAGCGCCACCAGCGGGCCCCGGGCAGCCUGCUCUGGCGCUCAGUGCGAUGGAAGGGGCCUCUCUGUUAGAGAGGUGCCAGCAGAGACUAAACCUUCAGGCGUCGGUGUCUGAGGCCCUCGACUUCCAGCCGGUUGACUCCACGCCGUCCCGACCUGCAGAAUCACAGGCCAGAUGUUCUAGGCAUGUGAUGAGUGAUGGCCAGAACAGAGCCUGUUUGGGUCCAGUAGGGGGCGCAGCCCCAGUUCAGCAGCCCCUCUCUGUGCUGGUGGACAGCCGCUGCAUCGCAGGCGGGACGGAGGUCGUGUCCUGCCUGAGGCGGCGCCACGGCCUGAGUGCGCAGGUCUGUUCGCUGGGCGCCUGUGACUUCGCGGUGAGCUGCCGCUUAGCUGUGGACAGGCUAGCGCAGUCGGAGGUGGCCAGCAGCCUGAACCGGAAGCGUCUGGUGGAAAGAGUGCAAGGCCUGCAGGUCCUCUUUGACCGGGUCUGCCUCAUCUUGGAGAAGGACCGCGUCAAGCCGGGAGAUGCUGCGCGCCCCUUCCAGCCCACUCGUUACUAUGACGGCACGCUGGCGGCGUUGGUGCGGGUGGGGGUGCGCCUGCUCUUCAGCGGCGGGCCCGAGGAGACGGCUGGCCUGCUGGCGGAGCUUGCUCACGUGGAGCAGCGGAAAGGCCAGGCCAUCAGCGUGCCCACCCAGGUCGAGGGCCACAAGCAGCAGGCUCUGCAGUUCUACCUGACCCUGCCCUGCGUCAGCUACGUCACCGCCCUCCACAUGUGCCAUGCCUUCCGCUCCGUGGGCCACCUAGUGGACAGCUCGGUGGAGUCCCUGAUGGACAGAGCCCAUGUGAGCCGGCAGAGAGCAGAGGAGAUCUUCCGCUGCUUACGCUACCCCUGCGAUCCGGACUUGCUGCCUGACGGUGUGGGCACCAGGAAGCGUAACCUUUAACCUCUGACCUCUGAACUGCAUGUAAGACCACAAACUGUGCUGUUUUUCCUCAGUCUGCACUUUAAAGACAACUUGGCAAUGGACCGCCGGCAGGGUAAAGUUGCCUCUCUGCUACAUUUUGCACUUUAGCUGUUUCAGACAGACUCUGGGUGAGAAUCUGUGACCCUCAGUGACUACUCAUGAAGGGCCUAACGAAGAGUAUUGCUACUUUUUCCUGUGGAGAUUUAAGUUUUCUUAAUGUCAUUAUGUUUUGUGUACAAAGGAAGUCUAAACAGUGCAAAUAAAAAAAGGUAUAUUUUGCCAGUAGUUUAAUUUCAGUUUUAAAACAUUAUUGAUUCCCAUCUAGGUGUAAUAUGCAGUAACACUAUCAAAUGGCCAGGGAAGCACAAAGCUGGUGUGCAAAUACGUAUUUGCUGUAUAAAGCAAUACGCACUGUAAUUUCUUGUCGCAGCAGAGCAUGUAUUUUAUGUGCAUAUGCCGCACAUAUUGCUUUAUACAGCAUAUAGCUAAGAACACAUGGUUAGGCAGUAUUACUGUGCAAUGCUGAUAACUGAUAGAAUCCAUUGGUUACUUUACUUGCUUACCAUCAGGUCCAGAUUCCUAAUAUUGGACACCAUAGCUCAGAUUCCCAAAACAUGUCUGCCUUUUACGUUUUGCAAAUAGCUUUUUUCUACAUUCAUAGCAUUGCUAGGCUAUGCCCAGCGCUCAAAGAGACACAGAAAUUCUUGUUCGUGCCAUGGUUACUCCCUGUAUAAUCUAUUGCAUUGUGAUUAUUGCAGGGAGCCCAAAUUAAUAACUUGAUAGGCUCCAGGUUGCCUAAAACUCCACCACUCAUAUUAUCACUCGCACUAGUGACCUUUUCCCCCCAACACUCCCUCAGUAUACUCCCAUUGAGUAUAAGAUACUUCUGCUUAUUUUUAAAGCCUCGCUGAUCUUUUACACCCUUAUACUCCGCCCCCGCUGUCUGUGUUCUUCCUCGGCUGAACUACUAGCCGUUCCUUCUAAUAGACUUAGCAUCAUGGGUGACGGGUGACACGGCCUACCGCUGCUCAGCACCCGGCUUUGGAACUCUCUUCCUGUGAAUAGCCAAUUGGAUUCAAUUGCUGAAUUUAAAUGAUGCCUUAAAACUCAUCUGUUUAAAUGAGCUUUCUCUCUCUCAUGAAUUGUUGUUUUGUUGUCACUCUUGUAUAAUUGAUCAAGUAUAGAGUUUAUUUAUUGUUUUUUUAUUAUUAUUAAGUUGUUUAAUUCAUGUAAGGUGACCUUGAAUGCCCUGAAAGAUGCCCAUGAAUAAAAUGUAUUAUUAUUAUUAUAA